AUGUGCUUCAACGUACUGUCCAAGCUAACUAUUCCAUUGCCAUGUGAAGACGUUCCGAUAAGUAACUGGCAAAUUCCCGAAGAUAUAACUCUCGCAUAUCCUGAGUUCCACAAGCGAGCUAACAUCGACAUGAUCAUUGGCGCUGAGUAUUACCUGGAUCUACUACUCGAUGGGAAAAUUAAAUUAUGCGAUGAUGGACCAACGCUUCAAAAUACCGUGUUCGGUUGGAUUGUGUCAGGCCGCAUUCUUGACACAAUGUCAGCGGUACAAACACGAGCAAUGUCAUUGUGUACAACUACAAAACUUCAGCAUCAGUUAACUCACUUCUGGGAGCUAGAAGUUUGUCAUACGAAAGGUACACGUACUGUCGAGGAAAGCAUGUGCGAAGAAUUUUUCCAACAAACCACAACACGUGAUGAGUCUGGACGGUUUCGUGUUACACUGCCUAAGAAGGAGUAUGCAAUCCAGAAAUUGGGCAAAUCAAAGAUAACUGCGUUGCGACGAUUUCUUAGUUUAGAAAGGCGGUUUACUUCUAAUCUUGAACUGAAAGCUCUGUACUGUAGCUUUAUCAAAGAAUAUAAAUAUAUGGGGCACAUGCGAGUAGUCAACGACGAUACAACGGAUUCGGUCUAUUACCUUCCGCACCAUGCCGUGCUGAAACCGGAUAGCACGACAACUAAGUUACGAGUCGUGUUUGACGCGUCGUGCAGGUCGUCAUCAGGAGUUUCCCUCAACGACUGCCUCCUCGUUGGUCCGGUGGUGCAAGACGAGCUAAUGUCGAUCAUUAUUCGCUUCCGGAUGCAUCGCAUAGCAUUAGUAGCAGAUAUAGCUAAGAUGUAUCGGAUGAUCAACGUGCAAGAAACCGAUCAGAAGCUACAGCGUAUUCUAUGGAGAGAAUCCGAGCAAGAUCCUAUCCAGACAUUCGAACUGACGACGGUUACCUACGGCACCUCAGCUGCUCCAUACUUGGCAAUGCGAUGUUUACAACUGCUGGCAGAGCAAGGAGAACAAAGUUACCCCGUUGCUGCCAAGAUUCUCAAGAAGGAUUUUUAUGUGGAUCAUCUGCUAACGGGCGUGAGUGGCAUACAGGAAGGAAGGCGGCUGGUAACAGAGAUCAAUGACUUACUUAAUAGCGCUGGUUUCACUCUUCGAAAAUGGAAUUCAAAUUGCAAUCAGGUGUUGGCAAGCGUACCGAAACCGUUACGAGAUGACAGAGACGUAUUCGAACUUGAUUCUUCCACUUCCACAGUGAAAACCUUGGGUCUCGUUUGGGAACCAUGUACAGAUUGUUUCCGAUUUGGAGCACCAAAAUGGAACACAGCAGAAGUUCUUAUCGAACGAGUUAUUUUAUCCGAUGCAUCGAAACUCUUCGAUCCACUCGGACUGGUGGGACCCGUGAUAGUACAAGCCAAAACAUUCAAACAUUGUGGAGGUUGA